AUGCAAUUAGAAGUGAAUUGGAGUUUCGAAGAUCUGCUGCAGAGGCGAAGACCGCUGCAGCAGAAAGCUGGAUAUGCCUGUCCGCUGCUGUUGCUGCUGCUGCUGCGGGCAGAAGCUGCAAAGGCGAGGAAUUUCCGACAGCAGCUGCGGGAGUGGAGCUGCAACGAAGUGCUUUUUCAAAAAGACAUGUGGGAGGCCUACGAGCCGCUGCUGCGCGCAGACCACAGCAUGCUGGACGCGUACAGGCCCACGGACGCGGGGGGCCCCCUGGAGGUCCCCUGCUCCGUCUUCCGAGGCAGCAGAGACCUGCAGCUCGCUGACGACUCCCUUUUCGAGGGCUGGUUCCGCCUGCUGCGAAGCAAACCAGCAGCAGCAGCAGCAGCAGCAGCAGCAGCAGCAGCAGCAGCAGCAGGCCCCCGAGUCCAAAUCCUAGACGGCGACCACGGCCUCGUCUUCGACCCCAACGGCCGCAAAAACUUCUUCAACAAAAUCGUUGAAGUCCUCGACGGCGUGCUGCUCGCCAUAGAGUACGGGCAGUGA